AGCACGUAUUUGUUUUAUUAGCAAAACCUUUUCAAGCUCAAGCAUUAUUAAAGGGGGAGAAGAUGAACAGCAAUCAGACGGAUUCUGGACCUACCGUAAGUUCAAAGCAGAAACUUUCUAUGCUUCAUGAUGUUGAGUCCUUAGAUGACCGUUUCACCACUGCACUUUCUUCUCCAGAGUUACCAGACAUAGAACCAUCAGUUAUCACAACAGAUUGUUUGGAAAUCUUAGUGGACUUUGGCCAAAUCGAUAUGGAUCAUACUUCCAGUUCGGCUGCAGCAGAUACGAGUUUCGUACUAGGAGGUGACGCAGGAGUGGUAACUUGCGUGAGAGAUAUCUCUAGUGGUGAUCCUUAUGUGGACAUCAGUGAAGACACGGUUCUAAUUCCUGAAGAACAUGCGCAAAAAGUGUUGGACAUUGACGAUCCUUUCACAUGUCUAAUACCUAAAUAUUCUUCCACUGACAGCGAAACUGGGAUUGAGCCUGGGUUGUGUACUCACCUCUUAGAAACAGACAGACAAGUACCUUCUUACAAUAUUCGGCAGCCUCAUCGGAUGCACGGAACACUUCCUAGCUACUCCCCUAGGAUCGGGCAACUGACCGUAGCCAAAUGUCCAUCUAUAUUUUACCUACACUGGAACUGGGCUGCUAUUCGGCUAGGAUGUUUCGUGAUGCUUGUGUUCACUAUGGUCAGCAUGUUCUGCGUGGUGAUUAGGUUAGUCGCUUCGAACGAAGCGGGCAGUGACUUAAGGAGAGGCUGGUGGCAAGGAACAGUGUCAUACGAAAUCUUCCCUGCUUCAUUCCAAGAUUCGGACAGUGAUGGGUUUGGUGAUCUGAGGGGUCUGAUACAAAGAUUGGAUUACAUCCAAAGUUUGAAUGUUGCAUCAGUCAGGCUCAAUUCGAUUUUCAGUGCGUUAGAUUAUCCUUUAGAAUACACUCAUAUUAUUGAUUUUCUUAGAGUAGACCCACACCUAGGAAGAAUGAGCGACUUUGAUCUGCUCGUGAAAGAUUUGCAUGCAAGAAAUUUGCGUCUUAUUUUGGAUAUUAAUCCCUCACUGACAAGUGACCAGCACACUUGGGCUGCCCAUUGGCUUCAGAACAGUAGUGGUCAAUACAGAUAUUAUUAUGUGGGUAAUGAAACGUUGGAAAACGUCUCCGACUUCGAAGAUGACGAAAAAGAAAAUCCCAGUCGUCCUUUUGGGAGCAAGCUCUUUCUCAACUGGUCACAUUCUGCAGUUCAUAAAGAAAUGGAAAACGUUCUGGAAUUUUGGCUCCAGAAAGGCGUGGAUGGAUUUUACAUGAAAGGGUUAGAACAACUUCGUCAAGACAACCACACUGGACUCUAUGUUGUAAUGAAACGGUGGCGGCAUCUGUUGGAUAUUUACAGUAAAGAUGCUAAUAAGAAAAUAAUGGUGGUUUCAGAUAUUUUUUUGAACAAAUUAAAAAAUGAACGGUCCCCCAACCUUGGUUUAAUUCUCGACUUGUGUGAUCUCAUAGACGUCCAGUUGCAUAUUUCUUUGAACCAGAUAAGUUCCAUUAAGACCCAAAUUCUUCAGGCUGCUGAUUGGAACAGUAUUUCUAUUAAGCCAUGGACUCAUUGGCAUCUUGGAAGCGCAGAAACAUCGAGGCUAGCAACAAGAAUAGACUCUAGCUACACGCUCGGUGCGAUGAUUUUUCUACUUAUGUUGCCUGGCUCAAUUUCACUGUUUUAUGGAGACGAAAUUAACCUUCAAAAUUCGAUAGAUGUCACUACUGGGAAGACAUACAACGAAGGUCAGCUGUGCCCAAUGCAAUGGGAACCAACAUUUGAGGCAAAUUUCACUGGUAACGGGUCAUUGUCAUGGUUACCCGUCCGUCCUGAUUUUCUGAUAAAUAACGUAGCACAACGCAACGUGAAUGUAUCGCUGAUAAGCCAAGUAAUCUCCAUCAAACAAAACUCGAGUUCUUUAGGAAUGAAGGCGGAAUUUAAAGACGAAAGUGUCACGAGAGGCAAGGAAUUCUCAACGUUUUUAUUUCACCACAUUGACAACAACUUAGUUGUGUUGGAAAGGCAUUUUCCUGGUAAUAAGAAAUAUGUUGUUUUUGCUGAAUUCGGGGAGACGCGACGAACAUUAGAUUUUUCGAGGUACUUUUCUAGUGUCAAAAUUUUGUUUUCAACAAAGGAAGUUUCAGAGACUCCUAAUGUAGGUCAACUUUCGUUAAGUCCAGGAGCAGUUUUAAUAGGAGAAGUAGGAAGAUAAGCAGCCCAAGAAAAAAGUGGCAAGGAAACUUAAGAGCCAA